GAUCUGACCUUAAAAUGCCUGCGCGAGCGUUAUCUACGUGGGGCAUUGGGGAUUUCGGGGCCGACCAACGGCAGCGACCCAGAGGUCGGAUCAGCUGUCGGAUCCAGCAGGUUCUCGGAUCCGCCGGGACGUUUUGCGCCAGGGAACAGGCACGAUGCUCAGCGGUAGCAAAUAGCACUUUGUAAGCUUUGCAUAUUGCCCAAGCACACCUCAUGAACUGCGUUUGGCGGCCCACGAGCCCGUCAGCGGAAAUGCUCACAGGCAACCAAAACGACAAUAGCUCGCCGUUAGAGCUAUUUAUAUAAGAACCGAUGAAGGUACCGGGACAAGCGCUUCGACCGCUGCCUGCUCUGAGGAGCUACCAGGCCGAGUUGCUGCAGCUCGCGGGCUGUCAUGAUGCAAUUGUGUACCUCGAGACCGGCACCGGCAAGACGCGCAUUGCGGUUGAGCUGAUCGCGGCCGCGCUGCCGGCGCUGCGGGCGGCGGGCCAGAGCGCGGUGUUCCUGGCGCCCUCCGUGCCGCUGGUUCGCCAGCAAGCGGAGGUGCUCGCGAGCACACCCGUGCUGGUGCCGGAGCCCGAGGAGCCUGGGGCAGGCGAGGAGCGGGAGCGGCAGGAGCAGCAACUGGCGGCAGGAGCCGCGGGGUCGGCGGUAGGCACGGACCCCGGCACACCUGCACGCCCUGGCGCCUCCCCGUCGCAGCCGUGUCAACCCCCCGAGGAAGAGGCUGGGAUGGCGGAGCCGGAGCCGGAGGCAGCGGCGGGGGCGGGAGCGGCAGGGCAGCAGGAGAGGACGCAGCGGCCGCCUGCGGGGCGGCGGCUGCGGCUGCGGCGGCUGUUGCGUGUGGAGUGGCUGGGCGGGUCGUGUGUGCACGAGGGCUGGGGCCUGGCGGGCUGGCGCGAGCUGCUGGGUCGGCUGGAUGUGCUGGUGUGCACACCCGCGGUGCUGCUGGGGGCGCUGGUGCACGCCUACGUGCGGGUGUCGGACGUGGGUCUGCUGGUGCUGGACGAGGCGCACCACUGCACGCGGCAGCACCCCUACGCAGUGCUGCUGCGGGAGUUCGUGGGCCGGGCGCCGCUGCUGCCGCCAGGGCCCCCAGGGCCGUGCCGUACACCACUGAUGCUGGCGGGGCCGCCGCCGGGGCCCGCAGCCGUCAGCAGCGAGCCGGGGAUGCCGGCGGCGCAGGAGCAGCCUUCGGCGCAGGAGCAGCCGCCGCCAAAGCAGCGGGCGGCGCCGGUGCGGCCGCGGCUGCUGGGUCUCACCGCCUCACCACUGGAGCCCCUGGCACUGCAGGCCGCCAUGUGCGGCGCCCGCCUGAUCACACCUGUGGACCGCAGCGGCUGCAUCUCCGCACACGCCUCACGGCCCAAGGCCGGGACUGGCGCCAGUGCUGACGCGGCUGCGGCUGCGGCUGUGGCUGCGGCUGCGGCGGCAGGCGGCUCUCUGCGGGCGCUGUUUGAGGCGCAGUGGCAGGAGGAGGCCCAGGCCGCCGCCCUGGCCCCCCUGCGCGACUGCCUGUGCCGCUGCCGCGACCUGGUGCUGCUGGCGGAGGGGGUGGUGACGCGGCGCGACAGGCUGCAGCGGCUGCACCUGCUGGAGGCCGUGGGCUGGGAGGAGCUGGGGCUGCUGGACCCCAACGUGCCGCCGGCGCUGCGCCCGCACCCCACCUCCGGCUACCGCCUGUGCGACAGCCUCCGAGGGCUGCGGCUGCUGCGCACACAGUUGGCUGCGCUGGAGUUCGCCCUGUCCGACCUAGGGCUGUGGCCGGCGCUGGCGCUGGCGGCCGCCGACCUGUUCGCCUCGGGCCGGGAGGCGCUGGACGGGGAGGAGCAGGGGGAGGAGCAGGGGGAUGGGGACCUGGGGGCGGCGGCGGCUGGCGGCGGCGGCGGCGAGGAAGAGGGAGACGGCGCCGAGGCCAUCCCGGAGCCCACCGAUCUGGGCACACUGCCAUCCCGCGACAUGGCGGCAGCAUUCGUAUCUGACUACGGUAUACUGCUGGCGCGGCUUGAUGAGUCAGCCAUUCCCCUCCCACCCGGCCCGCGCCGCCCCAGCCUGUGCGAGCGGGUGGCGGCGGAGGUGCUGUCGGCGGUGAUGGAGGCUCUGAUCACCGUGGCGCCGCCGCAGCAGCCGGGGGAGGCGGAGGCCAUUGCAGUGGGGUUCGGCGAGGCCCUGCUGCUGCGCGGGGGGCUGCGCGGCCGCGGCCGGGCGGUGCUGAGGCCCUGGGCGGUGCGGCUGCUGCGAGCGAGCGUGUCGCCCCGGGAGCUGCAGAGACAGGUGCUGGGUGUGGAGCCGCCACCACCAUCGGCGCCAUCGCCUUCAUCAGCGCCUACGCCCGCGGCAAUGCCAGCACCGGCAUCUACCGCCGGAGCUGCUGCUGCAGCCAGCAGCUCAGCGCCUGCACAGCAGCAGCAGCAGCAGCAGCAGGAGCAGCAGCAGGAGCGGUCUGGGGGGCACGUCCCGCUGCAGCUGGUCACACACCGGGUGGCCUGGCUGAUGCGGCAGCUGCACAGCCGGGUGGUGGAGGCGGAGGCGCGGGCGGCGGAGGCGGGGGCCGCGGGCGGCGUUGGAAGUGGCAGCGGCGGGGGCGGCAGCUCGUGGAGUGCCAUUGUGUUCUGUGAGCGCAAGUCCACAUGCGAAGCUCUGCAGCGACUGAUCACGUCGCUGCCGGCACUGACGGCGGCCGUGGCGGCUGGCCCUGACACCGACCUGGCACCUACCACCAGCCCCGACCAGAAACAGCCCACGACGGUCCGGAAUCAGUCCGCAGCAGGUCCCUUAUCGGGCUCAGAAGGCACAAUGACCGCCACCAUGGCUCAAGGGCCCUUGACGCAGCAGAUGCAUGGAGAUAACGGUGGAAAAGAGCAGGAGGGCGGAGGAGGAGGAGGAGGAGGCGGGGGCACGGGGCCUGGGGGCUGGCAGGGGCGGCAGCAGCCGCGGCGGCCUUUGCUUCGCUCGGCAGUGUUUGUGGGCACGGCUGGCGGCGGCACUGCCGUCGGCCGCCAUGGCGGCAGGCUGGCUGGACACAAGCGCCAGGACGCGGUGCGCCGGGCCUUCUCGGCGGGCCGGCUCAACCUGCUGCUGUCCACCUCGGUGGGGUCAGAGGGACUGGACUUCAGGUCGUGUGCGCUGGUGGCCAUGCUGGACCUGCCGCGGCAGGUGCCGCAGUUCGUGCAGUCCGGCGGCCGGGCGCGUGCACAGGGCUCGGAGCACUGGCUGCUGGUGUCCACGCCCGAGCAGGAGGCGGCCGCGCUGGAGCUGCUGGCGUCGGAGGAGGCGAUGGCACGUGACGCCCUGACAGUUGCGCUGACCAACAUGGCCGAGCUAUUGCCGCUGACGCCGGCGCUGAACGACGGCAGUAGCGGCAACGGCUGCAGCCUUCACGCCACAAGCACCCGCACCGGUACCGGCGGCAACGGCCCGCACCAUACCACACCAGCAGCACCACCCCCGCCACUGCCACCACCAGCAGUGCCGACUGGUUCGCGCAAGCGCGGGGGCGCGGGCGGCGCAGCAUGCGCAACCACCGUCGCCGCUGACCCUGCUUCUGCUGCCGCCGCCGGCAAUGCCACCGGCACGGGCUCGGCGUUCCUUCCCAAACGACACCGAGUGCUGCUGAACCCCGCUCCGGUGACUUCAGCAGUGACUGCGGUGCCGAGCUCGGCCCACGCCGACGUCACCACCGUCGCUGGCACAGGCGGCGCCCCGGCGGCACGCUUAGAGCCGCCGCCGCCUCAGCAGCAGCACACAGAUCGCCGUGCCGCCCGGCGGCACCAGCAGCAGCAGCGCCUGCUGCAGCGUCUGGCGUCACAGAGGCGGCGGCAGCUGGGCGACGGGCUGACGUCGGCGGCGGCAGCCCUGGCGGCGGCGGCGGCGGCCGCUGCUGACGUGGAGGAGGUGCGGCGCGAGGGCAUGUGCGGCGACAGCGACGAUGGUGAGAUCCGUGGUGGUGAAGAUGGCGGAUCCAGUGGCCAUGCAAGCGCCGGCAGCAGCGAUGAUGAUGAGGGUGUGGAAGGGUGGGCGGAUGACGCGGGAGACCUGACGGCAGAGGAGGACACCGGGCCGGCAGAGGUGGCUGAGGUGGCGGCUGUGGCCGCAACGGCGGCUGAGGCGGCUCAGCCGAAGCCUGGCGCUCUGCAGGAGCAGCGCGUUGCUGACGGCCGUGGUGGCGCACAGCAGCCGCGACAGCUGGUGGAUGUGGCAUGCGGCGAAGGCGAGCUCCAGAACGCUGAGGGGUCUGAGUGGGAUCCCGACUCGGUCGCGGCCGGCAGCUUUGUGGUGCCUGGCGCCGCCGUGUGCUUCCGCCGCGCCGGCCAGCCCCUGCUGUGCCUCAGUGCCGGCCCCUCCUGUGCCCCCACCCUUGGGACGCACGGCCCCCAGCAGCACCCGCAGCACCUACCGCAACAGCAGCCGCUGCAGCAGCCGAUGCAGCUACCUCCCGGCGUGAGUCUGUCUUUCCCCGCCAGUGAGCAGCCGCCCGCAGCGCUGCUGCUGCAGCCGCACCACCGCGGCCGCCCGCUGCACAGCGUGGUGCCGGGCCGCUCGGUGGAGGUGAUGGAGGCGGAGGCACCGGCGGCGGCGGCGAGGGCGGAGGUGAUGGAGGCGGAGGCACCGGCGGCGGCGGCGAGGGCGGAGGUGAUGGAGGCGGAGGCACCGGCGGCGGCGGCGAGGGCGGAGGUGAUGGAGGCGGAGGCACCGGCGGCGGCGGCGAGGGCGGAGCUGAUGGAGGCGGGGGCGGAGGCGGUGGCAGCAGGGCCGGAGGUGAUGGGGGCGGGGGCGGAGGCGGGGGCAGCCGGGGCGGAGCUGAUGGAGGCGGGGGCGGAGGCGGAGCGUGGCGAUGGCGGCUGUGAUGUGAUGAUGGAGCAGGGAGAGAAUGGAGGCGGAACCGGAGCCGGAGAUGGAAAUGGGGGUGAAGGUGGAGGUGGUAGGAGUGGGGUGGACGAGGAGGGCCAGCAGCAGCAGCAGCAGCAGCAGCAGCAGCAAGCGGCAAGAGCAGCUGGACCAGCGGGCGUGGCCGCAGCCGCCGCGACGGCGACCGGAGGCGAGGCAACGACGGGAGAGGCCGCCGCAGCUGCGACACCGGCGCGCAGCCGCAGUGGCAAGGACGCGGCGGGAGGCAGUGGCAGCAAUGGCAACGCCAGUAGCAGCGUGUUCGUGACGGACGAGCGACUGGAGGCCCUGGAGGUGCCGGCAACAGGUGCCCGGCUGCCCGCGGUGUGGGCCGUGAACCUACUCACACAGCUGUGCUCGCAGCUGCCCGGCAAUGAUGGGUGCACGGUGCUGCAGCCGCUGUGCAGCUGGGAGGCCAGCGACCCGCCGCCCGGCAGCCUCGGCAGGAGCGGCGUCGGCGGCAGCAGUGACCUCCUCGGCAGUAGCCGCGCCCGCCGCCCCCUGCUGCAGCUGCGCUAUUGCCGCUGCCGCGUGUUCCUUCCUGCCAACCUGGGUGCCAGUGCGGUGCUGGGGCCGGCCUGCCGCAGCAAGGACGCGGCAAAGAAGUCCGCCUGGCUGGCUGCUGUGCGGCUGCUGUGGCUGCGCGGCGACCUGGACGACCACCUGCGGCUGCGCUUCACCCGCCGGGCCGUCACACAGGCAGCAAGACACGCAGAGCUGGGAGGCCUGGCCCACACCAUCCCCAGCGCCGUGCUCACACACCAGCUGCCCCGCGCGCUGCUGCCCAAGGCCCUGCUACUGCCGGCAGAGGAGGCUGCAGCAACAGCGAUAGCGGCGACCGAGCCGGCAGUAGCGGCAGCGGCAGUAGCGCCGCCAGUCCCAGACACGUGCCCGCCGCAGCCCGCCGUAGCAGCUCCGGAGGAUGGUGGUGCGGUGGCGGCGACUGCCCCGGCCGCGCCGUCCCAUGGCGGAGCACAGGAACCACCGGUGACAGCAAUGGCUGUAGCAGUCCCCGCAGUGGCAGUGGCAGUAGCGGACACACAGCCAGUGGUGUCACCGGUGGCCCCUGAUGCUACAGCCAUGGAUGGCGCCGGCGACGGCAGUAGCGCCAGCCGCCGCAGCACCCUCGCACUCCCGACUGCUGUGGCCUCUGAUGGAGUACCCUCUGAUGCUGGUAUCAGCAGUGGCAGUAGCAGUGGAAGCCCCAGCAACCUCAGCAGUAGCAUCGGCGGCAGUAGCCGCACAGAGCCGUACCGCCUGCACCUGUACGGCUUCGUGGUGCGGCCCAAGGACCCCCACGUGUCGCUGCUGCCCCCACCGGGAGUCACCGCCGACGGCAGCAGCAGCUGCAGUAGCAGUAGCGGAGUGACUCGGGACAAAGAAGCAGAGGCUGCGCUGGCGGCGGCGGCAGCAGCAGACCCGGCCGCGGCAGCUGGCAUCUGCGGCAUGCUCAGUUGGCCCACGCGGCCGGCGGACGAGCCCCUGGAGCCGCGACCUCCUCCCGGCGCCGCCGCGGCUGCCAACCCAGCACCAGCAGCAACGCCGCCGCCGUCGACAGCGCUGCCGCCUAGUGCACCGACAGGAGCAGUAGCAGUAGCAGCUCUAGACGCCGCCACACACGCCACGUGUAUGACGGCCGCUGCGGUCGCGGAGCCCAUGACGGGGGGUACGGUGGUGGACGCGCCGGGUUAUGCCGUGUCGCGUGCGGCGGGCAGCACCCAACAAGAGGCGUGCGCCGAUCCCGCCGCAUGCGACACAGCGCAGCAGCCCAAGCUAGAGCGUCCUCAGCACGCGCCCCUGCACGCCGCUAUCGUGGGCGAGUACAUGCCCCCGCCUGAGGCAGGCAUGUGCUACAGCUCCGGCAGUAGCAGCAGCGGCCGGCCGCACGACCACAGCCCGCGACACGGCGGUGGCGAGAGCUGCUACAGCCGCCAGUGUGCGGCGGCGGCUGUGCACCCCUGGGGUGUGCUGCUGCACGGGCUACUGCCGGCGGGCCUGCCGCCCAUGCAGCUACUGCUACCCGAGGGAGACGUGGACAUUCCAAUAGAGGUGCGGCUGGUGUACCUGGGCCCUCUGGACUGCGGCAAUAGUAGCAGUAGCAGUAGCAGUAGCAGUGGCAGUGGCAACGCAACCACUGAUGGCGGUACGGAGACCCCUGCAGAUGCAGGCCCACCACCAGCCGCCGCUGGAGCCACCUUGCCCCAGCCCCAGCCCCAGUUCCCGCCAUCAACAGCAGCAGUAGCAGGCGGCCGGCACCUGCCGCCGCUGGCACACGCUCUGGCGUGCCUGGCACACACGGUGCUGAGGCUGAUGGCCUACCCCUGUCCCGCGGCUAUAGCACGCGCCGUCGUGAACGCGGUGGCGGCGGCGCGCGGCGAGGCGCCGGGGGCGGCCUGUGCUACAGCCGAGGACCGGGCGGCGUGGGAGGGCUUCAUGGGUUUUGGGCAGCUGCAGCAGGCCCUGGAGGAGCUACUGCCGCUACAGGCAUCCCCGCAGCAGCGGCCGCCGCUGGCUGGAGCAGCGGCGGGGCCGCGGGGCGGCGAGGGCUGCUGCGGGGCCGAGGCGCAUGUGGCCACUGCAGGUGGUGCAUGCGGCGUCGCCGCGCCGGCCCCGGCGCAAGCGGCUGCUGCAGCCGAAUCCGCGUCACCUGUAGUGACCGCGCAGAACGUCGGGCAUGACUUUCAUGAGGCAGCCGCAGGGGCGGCAGCAGCACACGUGCUGCAUGGUGGGGCGCAGCAGCAGCAGCAGCCGCAGCUGGAGCUGCCGGGCGGGGGGUACUGGUGGAUGCCAGUGCCGCUGCGUGCGCCGCCGGCGCCGGCCGCGAACACGCGAUCGCAGCAGGUGCAGGAGCCAGUUGCCCCGCCUUUGGCUGCGGCUGCGGCUGGCGCCAACACCGCUCCCAACCUAGCGCGUCCGGAUGCGCGUAGCGGUGCCGCAGGCGCACUGGCGGCAUCGGCGGAAGUACUUGACCGCAUGGCGGCGGAGCUGUCGGCAGCUGCGGCCCGGGACACGGGCGGUGCGGCGGCGGCGGCGGCGCUCAUUGACUGGCGUCUGGUGGCGGAGCUGGCGGUGGGGCCCCUGCCACUGUCGCUGCUGCUGCCUGAUGCUGCCGCCGCCACCGCUGAGAAUGACAACGGCGGGGCCAGCAGGAUAACAACAGCGGAGGCGCUCAGCAGCCAAAGCGCAAAGGAGUGUGACACUGUCGAUGCAGGCACUACGGUAGUGAGCAGUAGUAGUGGCGGUCCCGGCAGCGCUGCUGCCAAGGGCGGCCGCUUCCAGGCUCUCGCAGCUGCGGCGGCAGCCGCGCUGGCGGCGGCGCCGCCGGCCGGCACCUACGCCGCCACGCCGCUGGCUGCUCCGCUGCUGGACUGCUACCGCCGCCUCGUGGAGCCGCACGGCCUGGUGGUGACCCUGGACACGGGCCGACUCUACAGCCUGCCCCAGGUGGGGACGGUGCAGGAGCCAACACAGGAGGCACUGGCGGCGGCGGCGGCGGCGGCGGCAGCAACGGGUGGCGGCGCGCCGCCGCGGCCGCCGCGGCCGGACGCGCCGCGGCCGGGCGAUGCGGUGGUGUCGGCAGCUCCGUCGUACGGCCGCGGGCGGCAGGACUGGCUGCGCAGCCAAAAGCAGCAGAAGGAGGAAGAGGCGGCUGCCGGUGGGGAGGAAACGGGCAAGCGGCCACCGCCAUCGGCAGGCGGGGCCGGAGCGGGAGCACAGAAGCAGCAACAGCAGCGCCAGGGGGUGCCAGCGGGCACGUCGGCCAGUGCACAGCCCGGCGCCAUCCUGGUACCCAGCCCCACAGGACCUGUCCCGGCGCCCCACGCAUGCCAGUCCCAGCCGUCCACCAAGCCCCAGCCUCCUCAGCCCCCUGCGCCGCCGCCGCCGCCGCACCUGUCCCGGCGAGAGCGCGUCAAGGCCUUCCGCGCGCCGCUGCCGCUGCUGCCCGGCCGCCUGGGCCUGUACCCUCUGGACGCGGGCCGGUGGCGGGCGCUGCACGGCCUGCCCUGCCUGGCCUGGAGGCUGGAGGGCUGGGCGGCGGCGGCGGAGGCGCUCACGUGCCGCCUGGAGGCGGCGGGGUACAGCGCCGGCGGCCUGCCGCCGUCAGAGGCUGAGGAUGCGGUGGAGUCAGCAACAGAGGAGGCUGCAAAAGAGGAGAAGGACGUGAUGCUGCAUACGCCCGCGUCCGCUCGCGCGCCUGCAUUGACACCUGGUGUGGCGGCGUCAGCGCCGCCCGCCGCGCCGAUGACGCCUGCCGCGCCAGCCGGCGGUGGCAGCUGCAGCGGCGGUGACGGCACAGGCAGCAGGGAGGGGCCUGCGGCAACAGCAGCACCGCCACUGGCUGGGCCCUGUGCCGCCGCCACCACCACCACCACUACCCUUGCGGCAGCCGCUCCCAGAAUCACUUAUCCACCACCACCGCCACCAACUCCUGCCCCUCUUCCGAAAGCAACGGCGGCUCUGCCCGGAGAAGGCACACCGGCACCUCCCACCUAUCCUCCCUCUUCAACACCCCCCAUCCCGCCGCCGCCGCCGCCCCUGCUCCUGCCGCCGCCGCCUCGCUUCACCGCCGCCGCUCUGUCCCUGACGGCGGCCGCGCUGACGUGUCCCUCCUGCCGCGACCCGGGCGUGGGCAACUACGACCGACUGGAGUUCCUGGGGGAUGCGGCCCUGAAGCUGCUGGCGCAGGUGUACGUGUUCCUGAGGGAGAGGCACAGCGCCACCAGCCACGAGGGCGUGCUGUCCUUCAUGCGGGACGCCCUGGUGGCCAACGAGACCCUGGCUCACCACGCGCUGGGUCCGCGGCUGCGCCUGGCGGCCUGCCUGCGCGCCCUGCCCCUGGACCCGGGCCGCGCGCUGCGGCAGGCGGCGCUGCAGCCGGACGAGGACGCCGCCUCGGGGGCGCCGCUGCCGCACCGCCUGACGCCGCUGCCGCCGCCGCUCAUGCACCUGUUUAGCCGGGCGCUGGACGCGGCGGAGGCCAAAGCGGCGGAGGCGGCAGUGGAGGUGGUGGGCUCGGGGGCGACGGCUGCUGCCGGUGCCGCCACAACUCCAAGCGCGACAAGCGCACCUGCCACAGCCGCUACACCCGGCACAGCAGCAGCAACAGCAGGAGCAGGAGCAGCCGCACCAGCAGCAGCAGUGCCUGCGGCCGCAGCAGCAGUGCCUGUGGCCGCAGCUGUGAUGCCGCUGGAGCGCCCGAGUCAGCAGCCUCCCAAGAAGGGCAGUAGUAGCAGUCCAAGGGACAAGGAGCGGGAGCGGCGGCGCUUAGAGAAGCGGGCCCAGGCGGAGCAGCGGCUGGCGGCCACUCGGGUGCUGGGCGGGGUGCGCGGCAAGCGGCUGGCGGACUGCGUGGAGGCGCUCAUUGGGGCGCACCUGCUGCAGCCGCUGGAGGGUCAGGAGGAGGAGGGGGCGGCGGAGGGGUGUGUGGUGGAGGGUCGGGAGGAGGCAGGGGUGGAGGGAGGAGUGGAGGUGGGGGCGGCCGCAGGUGGCAGUGAGGCGGAAGGAGCGGUGGCGGUCGUGCCCGGUGGAGGAGGCGGCAGCGGCAAGGACGAUGGCGGCGGCAGUGAUGGCGGCGGCGGCGCAUGGGCGGUCGCCAACACGCGGGUUUGGAGCCCGCAGCUACAGGACGCGAUGCAGGCGUCCCUGCGCUUCCUGGUGGGCUCCGGCGUGCUGCCUCCCGACACGCCCGCCGUCAUCGCACAGGGCUUUGCGGAGCUGGACGCGGCGGCGGCUGCGUCACAGGCGCGGCAGGCUGCCAGGGCCGCCGCUGCUGCCGCGGCGGCGGUAGUCGCUGCUGAUGCGCGCUCGUUGGGAGGCGGUCAGGGCACCGGGGGUGGCGGCGGGGACGCGGCGGCGGCGCGCAGUGUGUGCGAGCUGGAGGCGCUGUUGGGGUACCGCUUCCGCAACCCCGACCUGUGUGUGCAGGCCCUGACGCACGUGAGCCACCCGCGCGCUGCCGGCUGCGGCGGCGGCUACCAGCGGCUGGAGUUCCUGGGAGACGCGGUGCUGGGGCUGGUGGUGUCCUUCUGGGUGUUCAGCGCGGGCGGCAGUGCCGAGGCCAUGUCCACGCGGCGGCGCGACCUGGUCAGCAACGGCCCGCUGGCGGAGGCGGCGGCGCGGCUGGGGCUGCAGCGGCACCUGCGGGCCGGCAGCGGCGCCCUGGUGGCGGCGGUGGCGAGAUUCGUGGACAUAUACCUGGCUGCCGCGCCCGGCUCUGUGGUGGUGACCACAGCGGAGCGCCACGCCAAGAACAAGCGGGCCGAGCACCGCGCGCAGCUGAGGCAGCAGCGCCAGCAGCAGGACAGGGAGAGGGAGAGGGAGAAGGAGAAGGAGAAGGAGGGAGCAGCAGCAGCGGGAGACGAGGCCGCAGACAGGGCAGACAAGGAGGAAGCGGCUCGGCUCGCUGGCACGGAGCAGUCGGCGGGUGCGGGACUGGCUGGGUCAGUUGAAGUUGUCAGUGGGAGGGAAGGGGCGGGGGCGGCAGGAACCGCUCUGACCGCAGGGCCAGCAGCAGGCAUGGGGCUGGAGGAUGCAGCAGCCGCAGCCGCAUUGGGGAGGGAGCGCCCGCAGAAGAGGCGGCGGCGUGACGAGGGCAAUGGGCAGCAGCAGGAGCAGGUGCAAGAAACACUGCAGGAGGCGCCGGACACGCAGCAGGAGGUGCAGCAGCAGGGGAUGGGUAUGGAGGUAGAUGGGGCAACGAAGCAGCAGCAGCAGCAACAGCCGCAGAAGCAGCAGCAGCCGCAGCAGGAUGGCGAAUCAGACCAACAGCAGCAGGAUGGAGAUAAGCAUUCGCUGCAAGUGCAGCAACGGCAGGUGGACACGCCGGCUGGUAGUGGACGCAAGCGGGCCCGGGAUGGUGGCGGCACGGCAGCUGGCGGCACUGGCGGCAGUGGAGGCGGCAAAAAGGCCGAGCCCCGCAUCCUGCUGGCGCCCAAGGCGCUGGCUGACCUGGUGGAGGCGCUGGUGGGGGCCGUGUAUCUGGACAGUGGGGGCCACCUGGGCGUGUCGGAGCGGGCAGUGGCGGUGCUGCUGAGGCUGCAGCCGCCGCCGGCGUCACAAGAGGCGGCGGUGGCGACGGUGGCGGCGACGCAUGUGCAGCGCGCGGUCGCAAUGGAGGUGGAGGAGGCGAGGUAGCAGGGGCCGGGGCAGCAGGGGCGGUAGGGGCAUGCAGGUAGCCAGGCAGGCGGAUGCAGGCUAUGGCCCCAGGUCCGGGAAUGUUGAGUACCGCUUGCCUCAAUCAGUUCAACUGUGUUAGCUUGUUGAAGGCAUGGUUUCGCCUCGCGUUCAGGUAUAAGGCCGAAGUCGUUGAAGUUGUGCAUUGUAGGAUGGACUGGUUUCGAGGCCUGUUCGGCGGCCGACGUGUUAGCAUACCCUGUAUGGAGCCUUGUAAAUCAACAGAGUA